GGAUCGGGACCGGGACCGGGAGCAGAACGGAGAUCGGGAUCGGGACCGGAGCCGCCCAGCGCCGGCCGAGGCGGUGCCGGCCGGGCCCUCCCUACAGGACGCGGCGGCGAUGCUGUGACCUACAUUCGCGACAAGGAGGUCCCCAGCCCGCCGCCACGGCCGCCGGGCCAUGAAGCGACACAAGUGAGGGCCCGGCACGCCCGCGGCCAUGGCCAGCCCGGCACCAUGGCUGCGCUGGACACAAACAGAGCUGACGCGCUGGCAGGGCGAGGAGGAGGAGGAGGAGGAAGAAGACGACUUUGAAAGGCGGAUGGACGAGGAUGGGGUCAUCGGCCUGGGGGAGGGUGCCAGGAGCCCACCGUGGGGUGACAGUGAGGACCUGGAGGAGGGGUCCCCGGCAGAGGAGGGGCGAUGGCAUACGCGGCAGGAGGAGGACGAGGAGCGGGGCAGCUCCGGGGGGGACGAGGGGCCCUGGGGGGCAGAAAGCGAUGGGGACCCCUACCCCGAGCUGUCCUCCGGGGGCCGCUGGGGCUCGGGCUCCAGCGACAGCCCCGAGGCGAUGAGGGACGGCCGGGCUCUGUGCCAGCCCCGGGGCUGCAGCACGGACGGGGGGGACACCUCAGCGCUCUCGGACACCAGCCCUGGCCCUGGCACCCCGUCCCGCCAGCACCGGGGCUGGGGCACGGCCGGGGACACCAUCGGGGGGCACAGGCAGGAGUGGAGCCCGAGAGGGAGCCUCCCCGUGCAGCUCUCCACCGAUGGCCCCAGCCCCGAGCGUGUCCCUGGCACAGCGAUGGCACCUGCUGGCUUGGCAUCCUCCGGGCAGCCCCGGGGCGCCGGGAAUCCCGCGGCACCACAAGGGCACGGCAGAUCCCGAGUGCCCAAGAAAGCAGCGCCCGCGGUGGUGCCCCCCAAGCCCGCGCGGCAGUCGCGGUCCCUGAGCCCCCGGAGGCGAACGGGUGCCAAGGGGAUGAAGGAUCCCUCGGGAACGGGCACCGAGGGCACCCAGUACGGCCGAGGGCGCCUCAACCACCCCCUGCCCGACCUCUCCAAGGUGGAGGCGCGGGUGAAGUUCGACCAGAGCUACCGCCCCCCCCGGGGCCGGGUGCUGCCCGCCCGCCCCCGCGGCCCCAUCGGCUUCAAAUCCCCGGCCGAAAUCGUGCGGGAGGUGCUGCUGAGCAGCGGGGAGGGGGCGGUCCCGCAGCCCCCCAGCACGGCCGGGCUGCCGCAGGAGUUCAGGUCCCCCAGACAAGCCACGGCGCUGGUGCAGCAGCUCCAGGACGACUACCACAAGCUUCUGACCAAGUACGCGGAGGCUGAGAACACCAUCGACCAGCUGCGCCUGGGUGCCAGGGUGAGCCUGUUCUCCGACCCGCCACAGCCCAGCCGCAGCCUCGCCAUGGGCACCGUGGCCACCGGGAGCCGAGUGAUGACCCUGAGCAUCCCGCAGGCACGGACAGCGGCUCUCGGCACAGCCACAGCCCCGGCCACAGCCUCAGUCUCGCCAGGUGCAGCUGCAACCCCAGGACCGUCAGAGCAGGGGGGUUCACCCCAACCUCGGUCUCCUCCUCCGCCCGGGGGGGGCUGCCCCACCUGCCCCGGGCCGUGCUGCUGCCCCGGCCCCCGGCUCACCCGGGCCCUGGCGGGGCAGAGCCGCAGGUUGCAGGCUCAGGUGGAAUCCUUCGAAAGCUGGGUUCGUGCAGGGACCCCCACACCCUCGGAACAGCUCCAGAGGAUGAGGAUGCUGAAGGACGCGCAGGAUGCGCUGGAGCGAGAAUACCUGCGGGGCCGGCAGCAGCUCCCGGAGGCUGCGGGGGGGUUUGAUCCUGACCGAGCAGUGGAAGGGGAGAUUUACCGCCUGGGGCUGCGCCUGGAGGGGCUGAAGGAUCGGCUGGAGCCGGGGGGCAGGCGGCAGCCCUUCCCUCAGCCCCCCCCGCAGUCCCUCCCUCAGCCCCCCCCUCAGCCCCGCUGCCCCCCAGCCCUGUCCCCACUGCCAGCCGCUCACUCCUCACGCCCCGAGAGCCCUGCGCUGGUGGAGGAUCCUCGGGGGACAGCAGGGGACAGCGAGGGGGUGGCAGGGGGGCUGCCCUGGCCCCUCUGGCACAAGCAGCGCCAAGUGGAGGAGGAUUUCGGGGACCUGCUGGAGCACCACCCGCUCCUGCCCGCGGGUCCCCCCAGGUACAAGCACUUCAAGUCCUUGCCGGAGUCACUGAGCCUGGAGCAGCUGAGCCUGGCGGGGAGCGGGUCCCAGGAGGAGGUGGAUGCACCCACGGCAAGGGACGGUGGCCCCAGCAAGGUCCCCUGCAGGACACAGUCACUCGAGGAGGGGCCCAGCCUCGAGCCCUUGCCCUUGCACCUCCCACAGAGAAGAGCUGCGACGCUUCCCCCCAGAGAACCCCCAAACCUGGAGGACAUACAGGGCCACCCCUCUCCUGCCACCCCUGAGGAGCCACCAGCCUCUGCCAAGCCCCUCCUUGGGGUCCCUGGGCCACCACGGGUGCCCCUGUCCCUCGGUGGGACAGGCAGCAGUGCCACCCAGCACGGGCCCCACAAGGAGCAGCGCAUCGUGUCCCCAGAGACCGACAGUGGCUUCGUGGGCUCGGAGGCCAGCAGGGUGUCACCCCCCGUGCACACCCCCGAGCACCAUCCCCCCGGCCCAGGGGCUCCGGGCUCUCUGGGACCUUCCGUCCCCAUCCUCAGCAGCCUCCGUACCCCACGGAAGAGACAGACGACCCCGCUUCCCUCCGAGAGAGCACUGAUGGGCAUCUACCCCCCGGUGGGCACAGGGGGAGCCCAGCUGCCCCCCAGCAGCCCCUCUCAGAGCAGCUCCCCCCCUCGCUGGGCCGAGAGCGCGGGCAGCGAGGUGGGGCCGGACCCUGACGCUGAUGGCCGUGAGUACACAGGACUCGGCGAGGGAGAGAGAUCUGGGGGGCCCUGGCUCUGGGUUUUGAGGUUCCCAGACUUCCGUGUGGUGCUGGUGUCACCCUCCCUGGAGGGAGGUGUGUGCCAGUCUCUGUUCUCUGAUCCCAGCUCACUGUGCUCCCCUUCCUUCCCAGCUCACACGGACUCGGAGGUGGGGGACAGGAGCUGUGCCAGUGCCGGUGGCCACCCCCCAGCCAUGGCCAGGAGCCCAACCAGCCCCCUGCCCUCCCCUGAAACGCCAUCCCCCACCCUCCUGUCCCCCGACCUGCCAUCCCUCGACCCGGCUCACUGUGACCUGCUGGGCUCCCGUCUGGAGCGCGACCAGGCCAUCCGGGCGCUGCAGGACGAGGUGUGGCGGCUGCGGCGGAGGCUGGAGGAGAGCCUGCUCCGCUCCCGCAGCCAUCCCGAGGGAAAAACCGCUCCUCGUGUCACCCCGGCCAGGAGGCAGCCGGUGGCCAGCGGACCAUCGGCCCCGCAUGACCCAGCACCCUCGGGGGAGCCCAGCCCCCCGGUGCGGGGCAGGGUGGCCCCCGGGGUCACACCGACGCGGAGGGCGAGGUCGGCAUCUCUGCCACGGGACAAGCCGGAGCUGGACCUCGGUCUGGAGCUCGGUCCCAGCGGAUGCCACCCUCCUUCCCUGUCCUCCGCCGCAGCCUCCGAGUCAGAGCCCUCGCCCUCCGGGCCCCGGGCAGCCCCCGCCCUGCGGAAGCACCUUGGGAAGUCCCCGGGGGCGGUGACAUUCCGGGGACAGUACGCAGGGACACGGUACCAGGCGGGGACACCACGUGCCACGCCGGCACCCCGAGAAGAGCCGGGCACCUCGGGGUGUCCCCGAUGUCACAGGGGCAGGACGGCAUCAGCUGCAUUUGGGGGAGGUGACACCCCUCGGCAGCCCCAGCACAGCACCCCCAGGAGAACGUCCUGCCCCACCUGCCGGGCACCCACGGGCAGCAGGGACACAGCCACACACGCAGAGCGUGGCCCUGGUGGCUCCUGUCCCCCAGGCCCCCAUGCUGGAGCCAAGAAGCCGGAGCAACCUGGAAUUUGGUACUUGGCAGCCACCCCUGCUGCCACCGCUGCCACCGUCUGCCUGGCACCCGUCCCCCUCGUGCCUUACGUGCCCUCCAUGCUCUACUGCUCCCCAGCAGUUCCUACCUCAGCCCCAGCCCUGGCUGGGGUCCCCCUCGGUAUCCCUGUGGGUCCCCAGCAGGCAGAGCGUCCCCCCCGGCCCCGGGGCCACCACCGCUGCCUGAGCCUGGACCUGGACGAGCUGGAGGAGCUGAACUGGUCCCUGGGCCGGGCUGUGGAGGCUGCCCAGAGCGUCAGGCUGACCACCAGCCGCAUGAGCCGGGCGCUGGCCGCGGAGCUGGGCCGGCCGCGGGGCCUGCGCGGCUCCUGCCUCUUCUGAGGGCCCCGCCGGCCCCUCCAGACCCCCCGUGCCGCCAGGAGAGGGGAUGGACCCUCAGUGUCCCUCACUGCGUGCUCCAUGACAAACCUGGGGCCAGCAGGGACAGAGGUACCUCCAGACCCCCCGUGCCACCAGGAGAGGGGAUGGACCCUCAGUGUCCCUCACUGCGUGCUCCCUGCCACGCCUGGUGGCAGCAGGGCCGGAGGUGCCUCCAGGGGCUCCUGCCCUGGCUCCCACCUCCCUCCCGCUCUCCCUGCAGUCCCUGCACGGCCUGUCCGUCUGUCUGUCCGUCUGUCUGUCUGUCUCCAGGACGCCCCAGGCUGCAGGAGGGGGGAAGGCUGGGCAGCAGUCCCCAGCGUUCUGCAGCACCAUCCCCUGGGAGCAGCGGGGUGGCCCGGUGUCCCCCCAGGCUGGUGGCCACCCUGAGCACUUACAGGGGUGCUCUGACCUCGUGUGGGUCGAGCCCCCUUGGCAGCUGUGUUUACCUCUGUGCCUGUGUGGGCAGAAUUCCCUGGCAUUCCUUGGGGUUCCCUAUCCCACCCCUUUCCCAGCCUCCAGGUCUCCUCAGGGGGCUGUGCCCUGUGCCCUCUGCCCUUGGACUUGAACCCAGCAGGAUCCUCCCUGGGGAAAUUUUUUUUUGUGUGUGUUUUUUAUGUGAAUUUUUUAGCUAGUAAGCAGCUAAAUCACUCUUUGGAGUGAUGAUUGAUGACCUGUAAUGGGUGAUAUAUGUGUAUCUAUAAAUGGAUAUAUCUAGAUAUAGGCAUAUCUAUAUUUAGUUAUAUGUCUGUAGCUAGAGAGACAGAUAUAAAUAGAUCUGUGUAUGUCCAGAUCUCUAGCUGAUUCUAUAGAUAUAUCUUUCUACAGAUACAUAUAUAUAAAUAUUCUGAUUUGCAUUUCCAGCACAACCCUUAGGGCAUUUGUGUGGGUUUUUUUUUCUGGUCAUCCCUGGAUGUGGCCACCCACAGCAUCAUCCAGGCGGAAAAUAAAAUGAAGGAUUUGAGGUUUUUCCCCUGAGAUCCUCAGGGAAGCUGGGCUGGUGGAGGAAAAGUCACCUGCUGAGACCAAAGCAGGUGUGGGGCUGUGGAGCCCCUAUUCCUCCCAGCUGGGUUUCGAAGGAGUUAAUUCCUAUUUUUUAGGAAAAAGGAUGUGGUUGGGGCAGCUUUUCCUGGGAUGGGUCCAGCCAAACCCCCUGCUCCACCCCCAGCACCUCAACCUGUGUUUAUCUGUAGGACCUACCUGAAGUGCCAGUGUCAAAUGUAUUUAUUUUUCUUUUAUUUGUUGUACAAAUACCCACAUUUGGAGGGGGCAUCAGUGAGGGACUCGGGUCUUGGAGCCUUCCAAGCUCCUCCUGAGCCUGAUCCUGACAUGGGCCCAGAGGGGUUGGGAAUGGGGCUGUCUCCUCCUCCUUUUUUGGGGUGAGAGGGCUGGGUUUGGGGGAUUUAAAAGAGGUUUGGGGGAUUUUAGAGAUUUUAUGUGUCUCUGGUUGCCUCUGCUCAUGCUCGUGCUCCAAGCUGGAAGCUGUGACUCCUCCAGCACAGGCAGGGUGUGAUGGGAGCGUGUGGAAAGUGUGGUUAAUUAUCCCAAAUGCAGUAGCCAGGACCAAAUGUUGGGGUUUUUUUCCUUACCCUCUAUUUUUUAACGCCCAGCAGAGCCACUGGGCUGGUAUUUUGUACGAAGAAAUCACCUAUUUUUGAAGGAAAUAAAUGCAGUUGGAUGACUCGUGUGCUGAUUUUCCUUCCCAAAGCCACUCCUAGGGGGAGUUUGGCAUCACCACACCAGGAGAACUCCCUUGGGGUUGGAGGGAAUAUUUUCC